AUGGCAAGAAACCGUAUAAAUGAACUAAGAUAGAAAGAUCAAACUAACAAGUGGAAUUAACUCUUACAGCACUAGGAGAAUGAAAGAUAGGAAGUUGAAUAGUCCCAUAUAAUUGAGUAUUAGCAGUUCAAUAAGGUAUGGGAUGAUAAAACAAUUAAGUUAAUGUAAGAUCAUGAGAAAUUAUUACAUGAUCUUGAGAUUCAAUAAGUCAGAUAACUUGAAGAGAAUAGAUAGAAGUUGGAAUAAGAACUUCCAACACAGAUUAAAGCUACUUCUGAAUUGCUUAACAUGAGACAAAUACAAGUAAAUUUGGGUACUUAAGGAGAUUAUCAAGGUGCUCACUAAAUGUAAAUAAGAGUGCAGAAGCGAGAGCAAGAAGAGUAAGAAGCUCAUAUGAUUGAAAGAUAGAAAAAGAUAACUGCUCUUGAAGCUACCUUGAUAAAUAAACAGAUGAUUGAGAUGGGAGGUCUUCAGAAAAAAGUUGACUCAUAAGCGACUGAGAAUUAAAGGCAAAGAGAAAUUGAGUAGAACAAGCUUUUGCAGAGAUACUAAAACCUGAGGAAAGAACUUGACAACUAGCAAAAUUUAGAGAGAAUUAGAGUUGAGAAGCUCCUAAAAGGAUCGCCUAAUAAAAGUAAAAUGUCCACGAUGAGUGCUUCGCCAUCAAAAAAAUCAAUGAAUGCAUCAAGGAUGUCAGCUCCUGGCAGCAGAAGGUGA